GCUCAAGUCAAUUCGGAGUUUGGAUCUGGCUCCUGCUACAAGUAUCAUUCCAUGUUAUACAUAAUUUGUAAUUAAAUAUAUAAAAUAAUGUCAAAUACGAUAACUGGAAAAAAUCUGUUACGACCUACUGGAUUGCAAUGCAAAAAUCUUCAAGAGUAUUUAAAAUCACGUCCACCAGAUAUAUUGAACAAACUGUAUCAUAAUCCACCAAUUUGUUUGGCUGUGUUUCGUGAAUUGCCUGUCAUAGCAAAGCACUAUGUUAUGCGAUUAUUGUUCGUCGAACAGCCAGUGCCUCAAGCAGUCAUUGCCUCUUGGUGUUCCAAACUUCAUUUCGAAGAACAUCUAAAAGUAGUCUCGAUAUUAAACGAAUUAAAUGUAUGGAAAGAAGCAUCGAUACCAGGAGGAUUACCUGGUUGGAUUCUGAAUACUACAUUUAAGAAAAAUUUGAAAAUUGUUUUAUUAGGAGGUGGAAAACCAUGGACAAUGUCGAAUCAAAUGGAAAACGAUAAUAAACCUAGAGAUGUGGCAUUUUUAGAUUCGUAUGCAUUAGAAAGAUGGGAAUGCGUUUUACAUUACAUGGUCGGUUCGCAGCAGCAAGAAGGUAUAUCAGCCGAUGCUGUUAGAAUCCUUCUGCAUGCCGGAUUGAUGAAACGGGAUGAAGCUGAUGGAAGUCCAGUUAUUACACAAGCUGGUUUUCAAUUUUUACUAUUAGAAACUGCAUCGCAGGUGUGGUAUUUUAUUUUACAAUACUUAGACACGAUAGAAGCAAGAGGACUUGAUUUAGUUGAGUGUCUUACUUUUCUCUUCCAACUCAAUUUUUCAACACUUGGUAAAGAUUACAGUACAGAAGGAAUGUCUGAAGGUCUAUUAACAUUCUUACAACAUUUACGAGAAUUUGGGCUCGUUUAUCAACGAAAACGUAAAGCUGGACGAUUUUAUCCUACACGAUUAGCAUUAAAUAUUGCCACUGGACAAAACAAGCCAUUAUCUAGAGAUCCAGAAAAAGAGGGUUAUAUCGUUAUUGAAACAAAUUACAGAGUAUAUGCUUAUACAAAUUCAAAUUUACAAGUUGCCUUACUUGGUUUAUUUUGUGAAAUGUUGUAUAGGUUUCCAAAUUUAGUUGUAUCGAUAUUAACAAGAGAUUCCGUACGUCAAGCUUUAAAGAGUGGAAUUACUGCUGCACAAAUUGUAGGUUAUUUGCAGCAACAUGCUCACAGUAAAAUGAUAGAAGUAGGUCCUCCAGUUUUACCUCCUACUAUUGUAGAUCAAAUUAAAUUAUGGGAAAAUGAAAGAAACCGAUUUAUAUUUAGCGAAGGAGUUUUAUAUAGUCAAUUUCUUUCUCAAACUGAUUUUGAAGUGCUUAGAGAUCAUGCCCUUUCUACUGGAGUAUUAAUUUGGCAAAGCGAAAGGAAACGAACUAUGGUUGUUACAAAAGCAGGCCAUGAUGAUGUAAAAAAGUUUUGGAAACGAUAUUCUAAAGGCUCUGGUUAGAGGAAUGAGAAUGCUUUAAAAAGUACCAAAACAUGAUCACAAUAAACAAAUAUUUUCUAGUAAAAUUUCAUCUUUAAAAUUACAUAUUUUUUCAACUCUAAAGUCUGUAAUAUAAAUAAUUCAUGAAAUAUAAUGUUAUACACCGAUAAGUAAAUACAUAAUGCUAUACAGAGACAAGAAGUUGACCAUUUGGUCUGACUAAUU